GGCCUGGAGCGCGUAACCCGGCCGCCGCCGCCACAGCUGCCGCCGCCGCUACCGGAGCGCCCGAGUGGCGCAGAAGCCCUGGCUGAGGACUCACCGCCGGACUCCGGCCCGGCCACGAUGGGCAGCCCCGAAGGCCGCUUCCACUUCGCCAUCGACCGCGGGGGCACCUUCACCGACGUCUUCGCCCAGUGUCCCGGGGGGCACGUGCGCGUCCUGAAGCUGCUGUCCGAGGACCCCGCCAACUACGCCGAUGCGCCCACCGAGGGCAUCCGCCGCAUCUUGGAGCAGGAGGGGGGCGUGCAGCUGCCUCGGGACCGGCCCCUGGACACCAGCCUCAUCGCCAGCAUUCGCAUGGGCACCACAGUGGCCACCAACGCGCUGCUGGAGCGGCAGGGGGAUCGCGUGGGGCUGCUGGUGACACGAGGCUUCCGCGACCUGCUGCACGUGGGCACCCAGGCCCGGAGGGACCUCUUCGAUCUGGCCGUGCCCAUGCCCCACGUGCUGUACGAGGAGGUCCUGGAGGUGGAGGAACGCAUGGUGCUUUACCGGGGCGAGCCGGGCGCUGGGACGCCGGUCAAAGGCCGCACGGGGGACCUGCUGGAGGUGCAGCAGCCGGUGGACCUGGAGCGCCUGCGCGGGCAGCUGGAGAAGCUCCUGGCGCGGGGCAUCCGCAGCCUGGCGGUCGUGCUCAUGCACUCCUACACGUGGGCCCAGCAUGAGCAGCAGGUGGGCACGCUGGCCCGGGAGUUGGGCUUCCAGCACGUGUCGCUGUCCUCGGAGGUCAUGCCCAUGGUGCGCAUCGUGCCGCGGGGCCACACGGCCUGCGCUGACGCCUACCUCACGCCCACCAUCCAGCGCUACGUGCAGGGAUUCUGCCGGGGCUUUCAGGGCCAGCUCAAGAACGUGCAGGUGUUGUUCAUGCGCUCGGAUGGUGGCCUGACACCCAUGGACGCCUUCAGCGGCUCCCGGGCGGUGCUCUCGGGCCCCGCCGGGGGCGUGGUGGGCUACUCAGCCACCACCUACCGAGCAGAGGGUGGACAGCCUGUUAUUGGCUUUGACAUGGGAGGCACCUCUACUGAUGUGAGCCGCUACGCUGGCGAAUUUGAACACGUCUUUGAGGCCAGCACAGCUGGGGUCACCCUCCAAGCCCCUCAGCUUGACAUCAACACGGUGGCAGCUGGUGGGGGCUCCCGCCUCUUCUUUAGGUCAGGCCUCUUUGUGGUGGGGCCUGAGUCGGCUGGUGCCCACCCUGGUCCUGCCUGCUACCGCAAAGGUGGACCUGUCACUGUGACGGAUGCCAACCUGCUCCUGGGCCGCCUGCUGCCAGCCUCAUUUCCCUGCAUUUUUGGACCUGGCGAGGACCAGCCACUGUCCCCCGAGGCCUCCAGAAAAGCCAUGGAGGCCGUGGCCGCCGAGGUCAACAACUUCCUGGCCCAAGGGCCGGGACAUGCCACUCCACUGAGCCUAGAGGAAGUGGCCAUGGGUUUCGUGCGUGUGGCCAACGAGGCCAUGUGCCGGCCCAUUAGGGCCCUGACCCAGGCUCGGGGGCAUGACCCCUCAGCCCACGUGCUAGCUUGCUUCGGAGGAGCUGGUGGGCAGCACGCCUGUGCCAUCGCCCGGGCCUUGGGCAUGGACACGGUGCACAUUCACAGGCACAGCGGGCUGCUGUCCGCUCUGGGGCUGGCCCUGGCGGAUGUGGUGCACGAGGCACAGGAGCCCUGCGCCCUGCCCUACGUGCCCGAGACCUUUGUGCAGCUGGACCAGAGGCUCAGCCGCCUGGAGGAGGAGUGUGUGGACGUGCUGCAGGCCCAGGGCUUCCCCAGGUCCCAGAUUAGCACGGAGAGCUUUUUGCACAUGCGCUACCAGGGCACAGACUGUGCCCUCAUGGUCUCCGCGCACCAGCACCCGGCCACUGCUUGCUCCCCGUGCGCCGGGGACUUCCGGGCAGCCUUCGUGGAGAGGUACAUGAGGGAGUUCGGUUUCAUCAUUCCUGAGCGGCCUGUUGUGGUGGACGAUGUGCGGGUGAGGGGCACCGGUCGCAGCGGCCUCCGCCUCACAGAUGUCCCCAAAGUGCAGACUGGACUUCCCCAGGUCCACAAGAUGACCCAGUGCUACUUUGAGGGGGGGUACCAAGAGACCCCUGUGUACCUGUUGGGAGAGCUGGGCUUUGGGCACAAGCUGCAGGGGCCCUGCCUCAUCAUCGACAGUAACAGCACCAUUCUGGUCGAGCCGAGCUGCCAGGCAGAGGUGACAGACACAGGGGACAUCCGUAUCUCAGUGGGGGCAGAACUCUCCCGCACUGUGGGCGCCCAGCUGGACCCCAUCCACUUGUCCAUCUUCUCACACCGGUUCAUGAGCAUUGCUGAACAGAUGGGCCGUAUCCUGCAGCGCACAGCCAUCUCCACCAACAUAAAGGAGCGCCUGGACUUCUCCUGUGCCCUCUUUGGACCUGAUGGGGGGCUGGUGUCCAAUGCCCCCCACAUUCCCGUGCACCUGGGUGCCAUGCAGGAGACCGUGCAGUUCCAGAUCCAGCACCUGGGCACUGACCUGCACCCCGGGGACGUGCUUCUGAGCAACCAUCCCCGUGCAGGGGGCAGCCACCUGCCUGACCUGACUGUCAUCACACCGGUGUUCUGGCCUGGGCAGAGCAGGCCCGUGUUCUAUGUGGCCAGCCGUGGGCACCAUGCAGACAUCGGGGGCAUAACACCCGGCUCCAUGCCCCCACACUCCACGUCUCUGGAGCAGGAGGGCGCUGUCUUCCUGUCCUUCAAACUGGUGCAGGGGGGCGUCUUCCAGGAGGACGCUGUGACAGAGGCCCUGCGGGCACCAGGCAAGAUUCCGGGCUGCAGUGGAACCCGGAACCUGCACGACAACUUGUCGGACUUGCGCGCCCAGGUGGCAGCCAACCAGAAGGGCAUCCAGUUGGUGGGGGAGCUCAUCGAACAGUACGGACUGGACGUGGUGCAGGCCUACAUGGGCCACAUCCAGGCCAAUGCUGAGCUGGCCGUCCGGGACAUGCUGCGGGCUUUUGGGGCUGCCCGGCAGGCCCAGGGCCUGCCCCUCGAGGUGUCCUCGGAGGACCACCUGGACGACGGUUCCCCGAUCCGCCUGAGAGUGCAGAUAGACCUGAACCAGGGCAGUGCCGUGUUCGAUUUCAGCGGCACUGGGCCCGAGGUGUUCGGGAACCUGAACGCCCCGCGGGCCAUCACGCUGUCGGCGCUCAUCUACUGUCUGCGCUGUCUGGUGGGCCGCGACAUCCCGCUCAACCAGGGCUGCCUGGCACCGGUGCGCGUGGUGAUUCCCAGCGGCUCCAUCCUGGACCCGUCCCCCGAGGCUGCCGUGGUGGGGGGCAACGUGCUCACGUCGCAGCGCGUGGUGGACGUCAUACUGGGCGCCUUUGGGGCCUGCGCUGCUUCCCAGGGCUGCAUGAACAACGUGACCCUGGGCAACGCGCACAUGGGCUACUACGAGACGGUGGCGGGCGGCGCGGGCGCGGGUCCCAGCUGGCACGGGCGCAGCGGCGUGCACAGCCACAUGACCAACACGCGCAUCACGGACCCCGAGAUCCUGGAGAGCCGGUACCCCGUCAUCCUGCGCCGCUUCGAGCUGCGAACCGGCUCGGGCGGCCGCGGGCGUUUCCGUGGCGGCGACGGCGUGGUCCGCGAGCUGCUAUUCCGCGAGGAGGCGCUGCUGUCAGUGCUGACCGAGCGCCGCGCCUUCCAGCCCUACGGGCUGCAGGGGGGCGAGCCCGGCGCCCGCGGCCUCAACCUCCUGAUCCGCAAGGACGGCCGGACAGUGAACCUGGGCGGGAAGACCUCAGUGCCUGUGUAUCCCGGGGACGUGUUCUGCCUCCACACCCCAGGCGGUGGGGGCUACGGAGACCCCGAGGACCCUGCGCCCGCGGCGGGCGCGCUCCCACAGCCCUUGGCCUUCGCGGAGCGGGGCAGUGUCUACGAGUAUCGCCGGGCCCAGGAAGCCGUGUGAGACCACGCAGUAAAGCUCCCACGGGCCACUGGCCCUGCCCACUGCGUCUGUGU